GGUUGUUUUAGAAGAAAUUAAACCAGGAAUUGUUGAAGAAAACACUCACCAGAAAGAUGUAGAUGUGAAAGAAAGGUAUGAUCAUGGAAGAAAGGAAUCCGUACAUGAGCCAGAAAAAGAUUCUUUCAAAUUGCUCAUCAAGCCCCAUCAUUAUCGUUCAGUAAAUCACCGGACUGAAGAAACAGUCAGACCUAUUUUAUCUAUACCUAUCUUUGAUGAUUCUGCUAAAGUUGGAGGGGCAGAGGCCAAAAGUUGGUCUGGUUUUCACCAGGAGCCUGAUAAGGAGCAUAAUCAGAAUGCCUCAGGAGACAGAAAUACUGAAAAUGCUGGUCUUUCUUUUAAUAUGGGGAUGAUCACAACUACUAAUGAUCUGAAUAAAGGUGUUCUUCUUCUUUCCUGCCCUACUUCCCCAAAAGACCUUAGUCCUAACCCAAGUAACAUCCCUGUUUCUGCCACUUCAGAAAUCACCUCUGACCUCACUGACAACCUAUCCCUGACACCUGAGUACUGCCCUGGUGACUAUGCCCAGGAGAACCUGAGGGAAAAUACUCUUGGCACAGAGGAGGGGGUGCUAGGUGCUGUUGGAUCACCAUACUCACCCCUUGCCAUCUCACCCAAAAGAGAAAACUCAGAAACAGACCUGAGCAGAGAGUUUGUUCUUGGUCCAGGGGCAUGGAAUGAUGGUGGGAUGGGGUUAGGUUUUGGAUUAGAAUCCAUGGGUGAGUUUAGUGUCUGGCGAGCAGGGGAGUCUCUUUCCCUCUCUGUGGGAAAGAGGUUUGAUUUAGAAGGCGAGAGUCUGCUAGUGAGCAACAGAGAGGGCCAAAGCACACGCACUGUCACCAGUGACAUUUACAAGAAUUAUGAUGAUGUUUUUGGUUCUGUACUUAAUGAGGAAGACAACAGCAGUGUGUGUGGGAAGGGGGACACGACAGCAGAAGCAGAAUUACUUGGAGAAGCAAUAUCUGAGUCCAACUUGGCCAACUGGAAUUCCAUUGAGGAGAUAUCAGAAGCAGGAGGAGGAGAGGAUGGAAGCUUCCGACUUCCAGAGGAGGAUGUCAGUAAUCUCAAGCCAGACAAUGAUGGUGAUAACAUGGAAACACAAAUGCAAGACAUUUGGAAAAACUCCAACAGUGAGUCUGCUUUUGACUCUCUAGAAGUAGCCAUGAGUGGAAAUUUGAAUGCUUUGUCAGAGGAGGUGCGACCCCAGAGUGUAAAUGUUAGAAGGUCUAUAUCCAAUAUUCCACUUGAAGAGUUACCACCACAAAUUUCAGACACAGUCCCUGAAAAAGAUCAAGAACCAAUGGACGGCUCAAUGAAACAGGCAACACUGUCAGCUGAAUGUCCCUUGAGCACCUCAACACUGUUAGAUGAAACUCAUUUGGACACAGCUGCAACCAACCUAAAGCCUAGUCCACUAGAUUAUACUGACUCAAGAUGCCAGAUUACAUCAGUCGCUCUUGACAGAAAUGAGACAUUUUUUCUGCCACAAGGAUCAUUUGGUUCCUUUAUUCCGAAAUGUAAAAUGGAUGAUUCUCAAUCAAGUGAGGUUUAUCAAGAAAAGGCGCAGCAUACGGCUUCUCAUUCCAAACCAGAGAUGGUGGAGCCACAGUCUGAAGGCCAAAGACAAGAUGAAGACAGCACCGUGAAGGACACACCAAAGACUAACGAUGCCUUGGGCCGAUUAGAGCAGUGUGAUGUUUCUAGCUCAGGGGAAGAACUAGCAGAUGAGAAACAGAAAGGAAGAUGUGAAGAGAAAGACACUGAAAAUGAAAACGAAACUAAAACCUCUCCUACACAGAAGGACAGUGAACUGCCUAUAUGCUGCACUCCAGAAGGGGACACAUCCACUGAUAAACCUCUUGCUGCUAAGAAAAGGAGGAGAGCAAAACAGAACAAGCAUAAGUCUUCUCAGACACAUGAGGACUCUAGUCCGGAAUCUCUCAAUGCUCCAAAGAAAGUUUCUGUUCCUUUAAGUACCACCGCUGAUGGACUGUCGAAAGUGACCGUAGACAGCUCGAGACCUAAAACAGACCUGAAGCUCAGCAUCAAUGUUGUCUCUUCAAAUUGCCAACAGAGGACAUCAGGGAAAGACAAAGACUCUGAUCCACAAUUGCAAAAUGAGUCAACCAUCAAUAAGGCAGAUAACAGUGUUUGUGCACCAAGAAACCAAGAAUUACUGGGCAUUGCUAAUGAUCAGAAACAAACUGAAGUAGACAUUAAUGACAACAUAAAGAGGAGGGGCACCUCACCUACCCCGGACACCAUGCUAUACUCUCGGACACGACUUUCUUCUUCCUCGUCUCCCAUUUCCUCCUCGUCCCCUCUCCCGUGUGCCUCACCGGAGCCAGAAGAUGAUCUUCCCACACCCGUGCAGGAGUCCCAACCUGUCCUCCCACUAGCCCAGACACAUUUUUCACUCUGCCACACCACCCCUACCUUCUGCGCUAGUACCCCUACAACAUGUCAACCCUGUGUUUCUCAGUUUCCUCGGCCUGAAAACCUACAAGUAGAUGCUCUCUCUCACGCUACUUCUUCUACACCUGUCAGAACUGUUUCUUCCCGCCCAUCUUCACCUUCAGCCCCGGUUAGCUUGUCCCAACCAACCCAGGAGACAUCAUCUACUGGAUCUGGGGCCACGAGUGCAACAUCUGUUCCUGAAUCUGUUCCCCCUCUCCAUUCUCAGUCCUACUCACAGUCUCAACUUAAUCUAAACAUUCAGCCGCACAUACAAACCAGGCAAGAACAUACAAGGAGCACACAAGACAGAUACAGAGGUUCUAUAGUGGCCUCUUGUAAUGAGUCUGACAGUGACGGUUCAGUGCCCGAGCUGGAAGAACCGGAACCACUGAGACCCACAGACACACAGUCUAUCUCACCUGCAGAUGAUGGAGUGAACAGGCCAAAACAAAGCCGCAGUGAGAAGAAGGCCCGUAAGGCCAUGUCUAAACUGGGUCUGAAGUCGGUCCAUGGUGUGACCAGGAUCACUAUCAGGAAGUCCAAGAGCAUCCUUUUUGUCAUCAGCAGGCCAGAUGUCUUCAAAAGUCCUGCAUCAGACAUUUACAUUGUGUUUGGAGAGGCCAAGAUUGAGGAUCUUUCUCAGCAGGCCCACAAAGCGGCUGCAGAGAAAUUUAAGGUGCCUAUGACCUCGUCUCCUUUAGCUCCACCUGUCCCUCCAAGCCUCACCAUCAAGGAGGAGAGUGAAGAAGAGGAGGACGAGGAUGAGGAGGAGGUGGACGAGGGGAGUCUGGAGCAGAGGGACAUCGAGCUUGUAAUGGCUCAGGCCAAUGUGUCUCGAGCCAAGGCCGUCCGAGCGCUGAAGCAUAACAAGAACGACAUUGUGAACGCCAUCAUGGAGCUGACUAUGUGAGAGGAGACUUUGUGCCCCCCCGAUCCCCCUGCAGCCUCCAAGCCUGAACACCAGUGACUGUUCUGUAUUGCUGCUAUGUUGCAUCCCCAGUAUCUGCUGAAUAAAGUCUGUUACACCGUCA